GAGAGGUGGGAUAUGGGUAAAUAAACCAGCAGUAACAGCCACUCUCCGAGCGUCCUGUCCUCUGAUAUCCACAGGUUUCAGACCUGUUACUGGCAGAGAUGGAUGCGCUUUUGAAUGCGAAGCCGGAGGAUCUAGAAGACUAUUAUGCUCUUCUGGGAUGUGACGAGUUGUCCUCGCCUGAACAGAUUCUUGCGGAAUAUAAAACAAGAGCCCUAGAGCGACAUCCAGACAAGGACCCCGAAAACCCCAACGCAGCGGAGGAUUUUCAGAAGCUGCAGGAGGCCAAAGAAGUUCUGACCAACGAAGACACAAGGAAGAUGUACGACCUGUGGAGACGCAGCCGGAUCUCCGUGCCCUUCCGGGACUGGCGCUCCCUGAGUGACUCAGUAAAAACCUCGAUGCACUGGGCCGUGAAAGCCAAGAAGGAGCCGAUGCUGGAGGCUUCUCAGGAGACGCCUGCGGCUGUCCCCCCUGAGGUGGAGCGACAGUCGUCUGCAGAGCUGCAGUCGCCCGUCACACCAACCUCUCCAGGUGAAAAUCUGUGGCACUGGCGUUUCCGUUGGACCGCUGACGCUCCAUCUGACCUCUUGAGAAAAUUCCGGAAUUAUGAAAUCUGAGAAGAGAGCAAAUAGUGCAUUUUCCUGUGUCGUCAGCUACGUGCGCAAGUUGAUGUGUCCCGGCUUUCUUAUCUCGAGUUGCUCAUAAAUAGUGUUUACAGUAAAACGAUGUGAUCACUACUCAUUAUCCCUGCUGCCCUGUAAAAAAAGAAUUGAAGUUCUGACAGUCAAAUUUCAAAUAUAAUAUAUUAAUUCCACAGAAUGGUGAAGAGCCAGGACCGUUGUUCCUAAGACACAUUACGUUCUGUAAUAUGCCCAUAAUCCCCACAUACGUAACACAGCAUCUGCCUAGGGUUAACUAGUUUUUUUUUUUCAAUGAAAUGAGGGUUUACAUUUUCUCCAGGUCACUGAAGCUGACCCUGACAUCUCAUCCACAAAAUUUUGUGUUGUUUGCAAUUGUUCUUUGCAAAGUAUAUUCAUGAAAUGUUCGUGUGCUUCAGGCGUGCAUUUGGAGUCUCGGUGCCAAUAUUAAGCCAUGUUAGUUGUUAAUGCUUGUACUGGUUAGGUCUUUAUGAUUGUUGAAAACAAAAUUGAUUCCAAAAUGUAGUGUCCUUCAAUCCAUGUGAUGUCCAUCAUAAUGCAUCAAAUGCGGUCUCCGUGAGCCUGGACCCUAUCCCAAGAACUGUAGUAUAUGCGAUGCAUAAUUCAGCUGAAUGUGCUAAACAGUGUAAUGUGUCUUUAAUUUAGCAAUGGGUGAGUAGCUGCAACCAAAACAUCUGAAGUGGUCAUUAUGCAUAAACUACAUCCCUGUGUUUAGGUAGCAAAGACACUACAUUACAAACAUAAAAAGCCUAAUUUGUUUUUAGUUCAGAUGGAUGUCUUGCGUAAAUCACAAGUGUGGCUUAUUUGUAAUACAGUGUUACUGCUGGUCAUUCUGUUUAAUGCAAAUAAAUCAUAUGUAAAUCAUUUAUUA